AUGUCCACAAACAAAAAAAUCAUCGUCAUCACCGGCGCAACAGGAAUCCAAGGCUCCGCCGUCGCAAACACCUUCCUGCCCCUCCCAACCUGGCAUGUCCGCGUCAUAACCCGCACGCCCUCGUCCCCCGCCGCGCGCGCCCUCGCCGCCGCCGGCGCAGAAGUUGUACAAGCUGAUCUCUCCGACCUCGAUUCCCUCCGCCGCGCCUUCAAAGACGCAACAGCCCUCUUCCUUAACACCGACUUCUGGGGGCCUUACCGCGCUACACGGGACACCGCGCUCGCAUACGAAACGGAGAUCAUGCACGGGCGGAACGCGGCCAUCGCUGCCGGGGAGGUGUCCUCCUUACAGAGACUGGUGUAUUCUACGCUCCCUGGGAUGAAGGAGCUAUCUGGGGGGAAGUACGCGCAUGCGCACCACUGCGACACGAAGGCGGAGAUAGUAAAGAUUCUGCAGGGAGAGCCGGGUUUAAGCGGGAAGGUGUCGUUUUUGGUGUUGGGGGCUUAUGCGACGAAUGCGCUUUUUUUGCCAAGGGUGGUUGCGGCUGGCGAGGGGAAGAGGGUGUUACGGUUCACUAUUCCUGGGAAGAAGACGCUACGGGUGCCGAUUAUUGCGGCGGAGAGUUCGACGGGGGAGUUUGUUAGGGCGAUGAUUGAAAGUGAGAGUGGGAAGUGGGUGUUGGGGUGUGAUAGCUACCUGUCCAUGGGGGAGGUGGUGGAUGUGUGGAAGAGGGUGACUGGGUGGGAGGCUGAGGUCGAGGAGCUGGAGGUGCGGGAGAUGCAUGAGCGGUUUAAGAUUCCGUGGGAGGUUCUGGAUGCGCCGCAGUUUAUGGCCGAGUUUGGGUAUACGGGCUCGCUCGAGGUGAUGAUGCCUAAGCAGCUGGGGAUACGGACAAAGUCGUUUGAGGAGUGGCUGGCGGGCAGGAACUGGGAGGAAAUGAUCAUGAAAGCGCAAAAGGAGCUAGCUGAUAUAUAA